CGAGCAUUCGCUAUACAGCGGCGGAUGACGGGAAAAAUCCACAUUAUUAACAGAAUUCGAAAAAAAGUCAACCGUGCUACCGAGUAAUAAMAAUACCAAUUAUUGUAUUCAAAUGCACGAAUGCCGAUGAUGAUGAUUGGUCGUUGAUGGUGCCCUACGGUGUUUCCGUCCUUCGGCUCAGUGAGAUCGUCAACUGAACGAAAAAUACAUUCAUACUGUUCCAUGUGUGGGGGGACACUAUUGCACCAUGGUGUCCAUUGCGGCCAUCCAAACCUUAAAGAAAGCCGAUCAACUGAAAGAACAAAUAUGCACAUCCAAAGACAUAAACAGUCCCGAAACAUUGGCGUAUCAACAGCAGUUGAGAAUUAUCUACCAGCAAGUAUUGACUUUGGACUUGGAAUAUGCAUUGGAUCAAAAAGUUGAACAAGACCUAUGGAAUCAUGGAUUUAAAAACAACAUCAACAAGUUGCAACAACUCGCCAAAGACAAAAAGAAUGCCAAACGCAAUGAAUGGAAUGCACUGUUCUUAUCGUGCCUUGAGUCUGCGUACGGCUUUUAUCUUAUGCUUUUGCACAGCAUAUGCUUGACAUUUGAUUUGGAUCUGCCAUUUCAUAAAAAAUUGUAUGGAUUUUGUGACACGGAUGAUAAGUCUUUAGGUUCAACAUAUUUACGAAAACCACAAAAAAGUUCAUGCAAUUACAUUUGUCAAUAUUGUUUGGUGCACCUGGGUGACAUUGCUCGUUAUCGUAAUCAAAAUAGACAAGCUGAAUCAUUUUACAGACAUGCCAUUCAAUUGAGUCCUAAUAGUGGACAACCUUACAACCAAUUGGCUCUAUUGGAAGCUUCACGAGGAGAUAGUUUGAGCACUGUAUUUUAUUACAUGAGAAGCAUUAAUGUUAGACACCCAUUUCUAGCUGCUGUCAAUAAUCUAAAUUUUACGUUAAAUAAAUAUAUUAGCUCUAGUCAAGACAUGCUGUAUAAAACAAAAAUCACUAUUUUAGGUGAAAGAAGAAGUGGUAUUUUGAAACCUCAAUCCUCUAGUAAUUCAGAUAUAAAACCAGUCUUGCGUAAUAUUGACUUUGAUUCAAUGUUAAAAAAAAAUCAAGAUACUGAAGCCAAACAAGUAAAAUUUCGAUCUCCAUCUCCAAGUUCAUCAUCUAGCAGUGAAGCUAAAUGGUCAUUGGAAGAUCUUGAUCAGACUUCUUCGGAAUUCGAAAAAGAUCAAAAUGCCGCAAAACCAACUCCUAUUGGGUAUCAAUUGCCACAUCCUUUCAACAACUUGAACUCAUCUCAGCCUAAUAUUAAUCCAAUUAUGAAUACAUUUGGUCAACUGCAUAUGAGUGGUUUUCCAUCAUCUUCUGAAAGYCAAUUCAGGUUUGGUCAACCAUUACCAAACUUCUCCACUUGGCCACAACCACCAGCUAAUUGGAUUGAUAGCAUUAAACAACCUCAAAACAAUCAACAGAAUCAUCCAAUGUUUCCAUUUAUGCGCAACCAAGCUCCAAAUAGCACUUGGUCAAAUGUUAAUGCUCCUCAAGUAGCUCAUAAUUCACCAUUGCCAAGUAAUUUAAAUCAUUUUAAUGUAAGAGAUGAUCAACAACGUAAUUAUUACAAUGGUGUUAACAACAGUCCAUAUUACUCACUAUUUAAUCAACCUAAUGUUAUGAUACCUCGUACWAUGGAUACAAGUCAAGAGCCCAAUAACAGAUCAUUUGCUACUUUCCAUCAGCAGUCAUUAUGGUCAGGUCCAGGACCAUCACCACUUGAACGUUUAUUAGAACAACAGCGUGGUCGUGAUGCCUCAGAAGGAGGGAAAUAAUAGAAUGGAUUUGAACAGAAUUGAACCUAAUCUGAAAUAUUGAUAAACUGKUCAUCAAUGAUUACAAAACUAUGAGYCUAUUAAAUUUUGGCUAAAAAUUGAUAUUUGGUACUAUKAAAAUAAUAUCUUAACAAUUAAUCAUGCUUAAGCUACAGAUUUGGCUUCAUGAAAACUAUUGGGUUUGCCUUUUACAUGAUUUUCAUCUUAUAGUAGGUAAAAAGACAAAAGUUAUUGUCUUUUCUGUAGUGAAAAAAUAUAAAACUUUUUUAACUGAUUCUUAAAUUUUCAAAAGUUUGCUACAAAUUAAUUGACAUCUAAUGUAUUUUUUUUUAUAACCUACUUUGGUACAAAAUUAUUUCUUACUGGUAUUUGUUAAUGUUUAUUAUUUAUAUUUGUACAAUUGUUUUUAUUUUAAUCCUCAAUCAUUUUGUAGACUAUUGAACUGUUUAAGUUUAUUGAGAAUUUAAAAAAAAAAAAAAAAACAUUUAGAUAAAUUUAUAAAUAUUGUCUCCUUUGCUGCAAUA